UGGUACAUCAGCAUUAGCAAUUCCCCGUUACACCUUAGGACUCCACUACUGUCUUCGUACAAACCAAAGUCUCGCUCUAACUGACUGUAAUUUGCUUGGGACUUCAAUUCUUUCUGGACACUUCUUAACCACUUCACUUCUGAAUUUCCAAGUUCUUCUGCAGUAACCUCUCCCAGGUAAACAGUUCCUUCCUUUAGCAACUUGGCCUUGAUUUUUAAAUUUUUCACAAAGCGAAACACCAAGGCUGUAAUACGAAAUAGCUUGUCACAGGAGCUAAAAUCUGUGAUCAGAAUAAUAGUGUCCAUAUUGGGCAUUCCAUUUGUAGUUAAGAAUACUGCUUCACCAACUGCUUCGAUGGCAUGGCCUUUCUUCAUCUCUACGCAACACUCUCCAGCAAUUGUUUCGGAACAUUCCUCAGAACUGGGCCAGUUUCUCAUGGGCUCCGACAGCCACGACGGUCCCUUCCACCACAACACAUUACUCUUUAACUUAGCUGCACCUUCUCCACGAGAUCCUAUGUCCGCU